CGUUUGGAUUUAGUUGUGAAGCGUUGUGAAGAUAAAAUUGGGUGAUUGUAAAUUUUGCAAUGCAGUUUUAAAUAUAAGAAUUUUUCAAAUCAUAGUGCUUUGUGAUGAGUGAGUGUUUCUAAACAAAAAACAUUUAAUUUCAUCACCUUCUUAUGGUAUCAAUAUGGGUCGUCAAUGCAUAAUCAUUGAAUGAAACAAAACAGUAGUGAAACGUUGUAAAUCGUAGUCGUAUUUUAUUGGGAUGUAAUAAACCGUACAAUGGGUUCCAAAGAGGCACCUCCAUAAAACUGUCACGUUUGUUUUGGUCGUCGUAAACCAGGACCAGUGGAACAGUGAAGGAUGGUGGCGCGGUCGAGGGGUGAUCUGCGAAGAGUGUGGCCGGAAGAUGGUAGGCCGCUGGUGGCGUAUUGAGUGGUCAGCGUUAGUUGAGCGUUCUUAUGUGUGUGAUGUUGCGAGAUGUCUGGCAAGCCCGCGAGUGUGGGCGCGCCGCCAGCGGGAGCUGCGAGCGGCCGAGUGCUGGUGUACACCAACAUGGGCGAGGCGAGCCAGCUAGCAGCAGCGUCGCCCGCCCCGCCCGCCGGCCACGGCUACCGACCACCCUACCACUCCGGCUGUAAACACACAGAAGCCGACCAAUCAUACCAAAACAUACCGCCAACUGAGUGCUUUCCUUUCGGAAAGGAGCCUAAAAUUGAUGACAAUGAGCAGCAGAAGCGGAGUUCAGACUGGGGUAUCGACAGGUUCCAGGGCAUAGCUGAGUCAUCUGGUGAACUGAACUAUCAGAGAUGUGCAAGGAGCGGGGAGGCAAUGCAAAUGGGUGUGAGUGUACAGAACAAUAGUGAAACAGUGAUAAGUGAUAGUUUAAACUGUGAUGAGACUGGUAAGAGUUACGUGAACUACCAGUUGUUGGAACAGUGUGUGUCUCACCAGUCUAUAGUGAAUCAAAAUGUUAAUAUAUUGAACCACCAAGUUGGUGUCAGGCCCAUGAGUGAGAAUGAGGGUGGUAACACUCCUCAGCUUGUGCAGACUGCUGAUGGUGUGGUGCUUGCGGUGCUACCAUCAGUGAUACCUCAGGACACUAAUGGUCGGACUACACAAAGUGAAUUUCCCCCGGGUAUAACAGUGCCUCUGGGUUGGAGACGCAUUGUGAAUGGAACAUCAGUGCUGUACAUCAGCCCCAGCGGCACUGCGCUAAGCACGCUGCCCCAGCUGCGAGAGUAUCUGCAGACGGAAGGCACCUGCAAGUGCGGCCUGCCCUGCCCGUUGAGGCCCGAGACGGCAUUCAGCUUCGACCCCAAGGUGUCGAGUAAACCGUACCAGGCCGCAGCCGGCGCAGAACUCACCAAGCUCUGCAACCACAAGCGGAAACUGCUGGCGACGCUGCAGGCGCGCUCCACCUCACCUCCGCACCACGACCAUAAGAAAGGUGUUGAGACAAGUAAAAAGAAAAUGAAGAAGAGGCCCGGGAUCGCGACGAACAUGAACGUUUCUCAAAUGAUGGUGCAAAGGGACCGACCUUUUGCGGAGUUCAAGCCGCUGGAAGAACAAAAACGAACCUCAUCCCCAGGAUCUAUGAUUCAACGGCCUGUUAAUAUGCAAACCGUAUCUAUGCCUUAUCCGCAACAAAAUAUGAUAAACGUUGUACAGGACGAGGUCAAACACGAACAAACACAUGUUCAAAGAAGUUCGCAUUACUUAACCGUUAGCAGCGGUUGGAUCUCUAGGCAUCCAGAGAAUAUUGACGUUAACCAAAAAAGUAAUCAAUCGAUGCUUUCCACACUUAACCCAGCGCUUAACAUAGGUCUUCCUGUAUUAGGGACGAAUGGACAAAUUAUUGGUGUCAAUACUAGCUUCAACAAAAACAUGAAUGUUAAAAAUCCAGUGAAUAUUGUUCCGCAGAACUCAGUUGAAACAGAGAGAACAGGAGGUGAAAGAGAUGCGCAACAAAAACAGCUUAAAGAAGACGAAUCACAGAUAUUCUGCGGACUUAAUCAGCCUUUAACACCUGAGGUAAUGCAAAGGAUUAACGAACAACAGCAAAUAUUUAUACAACGAAAUCAAAAGCAAAUUGAGGUUAUGAAAGGGUUCAAGGCGCAUAUAACAGAAAAUUAUCACCAAAAUAAACAGGUGAUGUCCAAUCAAUUCGUACCUCAAGGGCAAUUGGUUAUUCAAAAUGGAGCUGUAGUGAAAUCGAAUUCAGCUAAGACACCGCCUUGGCAAGUGAAAAGAAAUGAGUCGACGAUUUCGAAUCCCUCAUCAAGUCCUAGCCCAAAACUUCAGAAAAAUUAUGGAAACGAUUACGAAAUGAAUGCGCAAAUAAUAAAUGAAGAUGCUUCUACUAUUAAAACGUCUUUUUCCCAGUCUGAAGCUUCUAAUCCUGGAAUGUGUUCACGAGUUCCGCCUUUACCUCAGCAUUAUAAUAUCAUGGGGCAUCAAUGGCCAAAUCAAGAUCUUAAUAAAAAGAAAGGAAGAGUGAACAAAUCACCUAAAAAGAAAAACAGUCCAGUAGAAAAUAAGUCUAUGGUAUUUGGUAAUAAUGGUAUGAAGUAUUUACAAGAGCAAAAGAAACCAUGUGACGAUUUCAAGGCCAAUUUGCCGUCAUUUAUGGAGGAUCCUAGUGGAUAUCUAGCGCAGCAAACUGUUUUGCUUAAUAAUACAAUUUCCAGACAAGUAGGAUCUAACUCUUCAUAUGAAAAUAAUCCAUACGAAGCAUCUACUAGUUCGUAUAAUGUACAUCACCAUGGAGAAAAAGUGCAUUCAAACAAGACACCAAAACAAUGUGACAUUAAUGUUUUUAGAAAUAAUAUGGUGACAAAUUCUUCUCCAUCGCCAAAUACGCCAGAUAGUAGCCUAGUUCCCGAAAAAGUGUCAGAUAAUGUAAUGUCUCAAUGUUGUAAAGGUUGUAGCAUACCAUAUAAAGGCAACUGCGCUGAAAUGUCGGACAAUCAAAUGAGGAAAACCUAUGGAAAACAAAAAGUUUAUCAAAGGGAAUUAGACAAUCCUUCUACAUCAAGUCCAAAGCACGGAUUUGAUGAAACUCCAGUUAUAUCAUCAACAUAUGAUAGAAAUAUUUGUAAUGAAAACUUUGGACCAAUUCAGGCUGGUGUUGUCAGCACAAGUAAUGUAUCUCCGACUGAGACCGUACAACCUCCUGAACCUUCUCCGUCUCUUUCAAACAGUUCAAGAAGUACCGAUACUCCUCAUAGUCACGGGAGUAAUAAUUCACAGCAAAAUUGUAGCUACCCAAUACCGAGCCCGGCGUAUUCCAAUCCGGGAUCUUGCCGUGAUAACUUUAACAGUAAUCCCCCAACACCAACCAAUACUCAUGGGUAUCAUUACAAUUCCCCGGGGCCACCUCAUUCGCAAUCAAUAUCUGGCACACAAAUGAUGCACUUUAUAUCAAAUCACAAUGUUAAUAAGAAUCUUAUGGAAGUUGAUAACAUAUCGAUGGUUGGUGUCAAACCCAGUCUAAGACCUGCUCAAGAACUGUAUAAGCUUGAACAAAGGAAAAGGAUUGAAAACAUGAUGCCUGGAUAUUGCCCACCUCCUCAUCUUGGUGGAGGACCUGCACAUUCCUUAAUACAAUCUAAUUAUAUACAAACAUUCGUCACAACCAUGGCUAGUUUUUCAGUUAUCAGAGACACAGUGACAUCUGUCCUUGCUGGAAAAGCAAAUACAGCCACUACUUCUAUAAAUGCGUCGCAGGCUAAUUUUGUGCGGCUUCCGCCACCACCAAGCAUGAAUCUGGCAACUACUUAUGCUAUACCAAAUAACCAACCAGAUCCUUUUAUCAACUCGGUCAAUUUACCCACGAGCUAUCCCUUACACAUAGCAGGAACAACAGCUCAAAACAUGAUAUCUAAGUCACCACUGGAAAUGGUUCAAAACGUUAUUAGCAAUCUUCCAGCAAAGCCUGAGACCAGUAAUAAUCAAAGUAAUCUAAUACCUAUUGGCAAGAGGACACACACAACACCGGGAAAAAUUUUGAUAUCGUCCACAGGUCAGAUUUUAGUGAGCAAUAAUCAAAUGCCGCCUCCACCUCCUAAAGCCAUAACGUCAAUGUCUCAAAUGGGUUCGAGCGUUGUAACGAACGCAACUUCUACUGUCUCGCAAGUUGUACCCAGUGGUGGAGUUCAAUCUAUCGUUAAUCAGCAGGUCGUCGUAAAUUCAUUACCUACACCAUUCGUAUUACAACCAUCUAUGAUGACUGUUGAUGGACAAGUCGUACAUCAAAACAAUGUGAUGCCACAUUUGCUUACUGGAGGUAUCAUGUCGGGUCAAUCUUCUGAAAACACACGGCAAAUUGAUAUUAAAAAUGGGCAGAACUUUGUUCAUGGAAUGGCAAUGCUUUCACCAGAAAGUCUUAGAAAGAAAAGCAAGAAGAAGAAAAAUCAGAAUACAAAUAUAACGAACGUUCUGCAAAUAACAGCACCACAACAAAAUCCAAAUAACAUAAUGGUUCAUUCUUCACCUCAACACAAUACUAGUUCACAAUUCUCACCCAGAGGCUUUCAACUCUCGCCGACAAAUAAUAUAUCUCCAACGCCGAUGUUGCAAGCAUUAACCAUCGUUCCUGGCAAAUCAGGAGCACCUGCUCAUAUUGUCAUGAAUGGACAAGGAAAUACCAAUAACUUUGGAUCACAGCAAAUCAUCACAAACUCAUCGCCAUCACAACAAAUAAAUUUAUUACAACCAGUUAACUUGAUCAACAAUGCAAGUAACGUUAUGUCGAAUUUCCCCGCGUUCCAACAAUUUCUUUUGCCAAAUCUGGGUGGUAUAGUAAUGACUGCUGAUGGAGCGACAAUUAUUCAAGAUAAUUCCUCUGGGAUGCCAAUGCAGCUACAGUUACAAACGGUCAAUGGGCAGAAUGUGCUAACACCAGUACAAAAUCCUGGAAUGUUCACAGCCGGCACAAACAGUGGAAUGGUACUUCGUCAAAGUCAGCAAGGCAAAAUUAUCCAAUCGCAACAUAGCCCGGGUGCACAAUUCUUAUCUCCUAACAGCCAAGUCAUGCUUAACAGUCCAAAUUUUAAUGGUCAGCUUAGUCCCCUACUGGCAAAUUUAAGUCCCACAAGUGUUACGUUUAACCAAACUUCGCAAGUAAGAUCUGGAAAUGCAGCGCAGGAAUUCAUUCAAACUAAUCAGAUCGGACAAACUCUUAUGGUCCCACUUUCUCCUAAACAAGUUUCUAUACCUUCAGCGUCAAACGCGAGAAGCAAUUCCACUUUUGUUCAACAAAAUACAACAAUCGUUCAACAACAGACUACUCUAGUGUCUAAUUCUAAUAAUACCCAGAUGGCAUCAUUGACAACUAACCUGCAAGGGAAUGCUUCACGCAUUAAUGAGUGUAACACUCUUCUGACAAAUAAACAAAUGGUAAAUCAGAAAAGCAGAAAUUAUAUCCAAAUGCGCACCGAAAAUAUCGAAGAUCGUAGAGAUAAACAUCAGUCAUUCGUUCAGUUACACGCAAAUGAAACGGACAAUAAAGUUGACAACUCGGAGGGAUAUGCGAAGUUUAUCAACGACUUUAGCCCUCUUCUGGGGCAGGACUUUAACUCUCAUGUUCGACAUUCGGUUUCAACGCAAACAUUGUUGAAUCAGCAAAGAGGGGGCAAAUCUCCGAACAACCAAGCUGUAUCGGGCAGUAGUCCACCUGAUACGACCACACAUAGUCCGUUGGGAGCCUCAGAGACGGCAGCUAGUCCGCGCAUAUACGGGACCCGAUGUAUGUCAACGCAGGGAAAUUAUGCAGACACUACAACCAAGUCGCCCGAACCUGCUGACGUUAAUUCAUCGGGUAUGGUCCAAUGUGUGUCCAGUAGCGAACAGGAUAUGGCGGACUCCCAAGAGCGCUCUUGGCCGACUCCGCGCAACGAUCUUAGUUCUGAUACGGACACACAUAAUAACAUGCUGUCAAACAUACAAUUGAUGCGACAAAAUCGCGCACACAAUCCGGUCGAAUCGACCGAAAUUCAAUACAACUCUAACAUGGCCACGUCCCCAAUGUCUAACCAGCAUCUGAUGCCGAUGGCAUCUAGCAUGUACGAUAGACAGACUUUCAAGCGUAAAAGUGACUUCGAGAUUCCAUACAGGAAUGAGAAAAUCAUGAGAUCAAAUUACAUGAUACACGGCUCGAAGGACCAAGGCUUCGACAGUAUGGAUAAGAACUCGAGAAAUUACCAAGGAACUAGUUCGGAAACGAUGCACAAAGUAUUUGAUAGACAUUUAGGUUCUGGCCACGAUGACAACGUACAAUCUGAGCAGUCCAAAUUCCAAGCGGGCGAUGUAGUAUGGGGCCCGGUGAAGGGCUACGUGUCGUGGCCCGGCAAGUUGAUUGGCCGGUGUGAGGGCGGCAAGUGGAAUGUGAGAUGGUUCGGAGGCGAUAGGGCCCCCAGCGCCGUCGACGAUGCGAAGCUCCUGACCUUGAGCGAGGGCCUGGAGGCGCACCACGCGGCGCGGACCAAGCACAGGAAGAGCAGAAAGUUGAAUACGCUUCUCGAGAACGCGAUUCAGGAAGCCAUGGCCGAUUUGGACAAAAAGAGUGACGUUGAGAAGAGUUCAGAGGAGUGUUUGGACGAGCCAAUCAACGAGACGCCCAAGAGGAAGAAUAAGUUAAAGAAGUUCAAGAAACUGUCCAAAGUUGACGCGGCGCGGGUGAGGAACGCGCGAUGACAGCUGGCUCAAGCAACCGUGACAAUAUAACGUGGUAACAGCUGCAGCAAGGAAAGGCUUCCGUGUUCGCCCACGACAUAUGCCUUGUUUAAAAAAACUCUAGCUGUUACCCCCUACUUUUCUAAGCCAACGUCAAUUAAACUUUUAAAAAAUAUUAAAUUUGAUAUCACAAAAUUUACGAUACAUGCGGAACGAACGGUUGGCCCAUUGGUAAGAGCGCUCGGACGGAACCCGGAUUCCGUCCGAGACGCAGAUCCGAGUUUCGAAUCGUUGAUAAAUUUUGGUUACAAAUCUAAUUUGUAUAAAAACAAAUAGUAGCUAUUGUUUGUACUGGAUCGUAGUCCCUUACCGUAAGUUAAACCUUUUUCAAACGCAUGUCUUUACCGCCCAUGUCUUUUCUUGCAUUGCCAAUGUCUACUUUUGAUUAAAUCAAAUCAAAUUAUCACAAUCAUUUUAUUCAGUUAGGUCAAGGAAAAGACACUUAUGAAUGCCAAGAGUUGUCUUUUUACCAUUUACCCUUCGGAAAAGGUUGAGCUUUAACGAGAAGAAGUGGUCAGGAACACAUUGCCACUGUUUUAAAAUCAACAUCAGGUGAAUAGCUUGCGUUUGAAAACAGUAUAGCUGUACAAAUCAUGUGUAUUUAUAAAGAUAUGGUAUAACAUUACCUUAUAUUGUAGAAUUGAGAACCUCCUCCGUUUUUGAAGUCGGUUAAUAAAUAUAAUCUUAUCAGACUAGAAAGUUAUACCUCGGCUGUUGUUAAUUUUACAUUUGCAAUUAAAUAAAACGAAUUUAUAAGGUUUGGGCAGAUACAGAAGCUUUCCCUUAACACGCAUCAGUUAUUUUCUAAAAUUGAUUUUUAUAAGGUUCAUUUGUGUAUUAAUUUAUUAUAAACAAAUAAAUAAUCACAUAGUGAGUGUAAGCCCAGCCAAUCAAAUAUGAAAGUAACGGCCGUUCCCAAUAUACUAUCUACUGAUAGAGAUAAAUUACUACCUUCUACUGUCAGUAAUCUUAGUAAGCUGUCUCAAUAUACCCGAUAUGUCAUUCUUACCGCCUUAUAUUCGGACGAGUGAAUUGCAAUUUCCAUACAAACUUUAUAUCGCUGGUAAGCUAUAUGUCGUCCCAUUGACAGACAGCGUGCACGGAUAAGGUGAGUUACCGUCGAUCACGGACGAGUAGAAAAAUAAGGACUUCGUGUCACCUUCUAUAACAGUGAGGCAAACAAACGGUAAACGUAAAUAUAUAAUAGCCCCACGCAUACACUUACACUAAUACAAGCCGAUCGGCCGCCAUUAUGAGAUUUGCCAUCGUCUGUGACAGAUCAGUUUGCGUCGCAAUAAAAUAUUUUAAAAAUGCCGUUGUGCGUUGUGAAAAUGUGUAAAAACAAUAAUAUAAAAGUAUUUGUGAAUAUAUUAUUAUCUAAGGGAGAAAAAAUUGUGUACCUGGUAUACUCCGUAACCUCGCACACACUAGAAUAAAGGUGCUUCACUUGCUAAUAUCACGGCGCGGAGUCCUUCUUUUUUACUAGUCCGUGCCGUCGAUAAGUUUAUUGGGACAGAAAAGUCAACGAUAGUUACGACUUUUAUCUCAAAUAAGAGAUGGACUGAAUAUUGGGAACGGUCGUAAGUCGGUUCUUGACACUCGGACACUAAGUUAGCGGACGAUUAGGUAGUGUAUAGAUUUAUAUGUUAUAUUAUACGAGUAGAUGUCUGUAUAAUAUACAUAACCAUUGUUGUCUUUGUGUAGGCGUGUUUGAUCGACAUUUUCGGUGGUUCCUAAUGACUUCGAAAUUUUUCCUCGUACUUUAGUAAAUUAAUUUGUAAAGGCUUAUAGAUUUUGACAGCUAGUUAAUAUAGAUAAUAUAAUAAUAAUUCAAGGAGCUCCACAAAUAUAUAUUUAUUCGUGAUGGUAACAGGAAUAAAUAUCUAUUUCAUACCUACUUCAUCGUUCAGGAAAAUUGUCCAUUUUGUGGUUUGUCCUAAAACCAUAGUCUUCAGUGUUAGAAUAGCUUUUAUAUCUAAAGAGGUAAGAUCCAAUUGACAUUAACUAUUAGAAAAUUUCAUAAAAUGUUUUAAUAUAGAGUUUACAAUAAAUAAAUAAUUGGUGUAUAUAUUAUAUGAGUCGCCUUUAGGCUGAUAUUAUUCCAUAUCAUAUUCGUGAUAGUUUUACAUUAUCAAUGUAUGAAACAAAUAUUACUGUCUCUUCCAUAGAGACAGAGCUGUUUCAGUCCGUUUGGUUUUCAAGAGGACUAUCAAUGUUUUUUUAAAUGUUCGCGUAUAAAAAUAAAUUUAAGUUCUCGAUAUCCGUAGCGGCCGUAUCGUUGCGAUCGAAGAUUGUACAAUUUAAAUAUUGUAAAUUAAAAAAAAAAAGAAUAUUGAAGAAACUAUUUAUAUGUACAUUAUUUACGUUUUGUUAGAAAGUAUAUGCUAUGGUUUCUAGUCAAAAUAUUGAAGCGAAAACGUGUAGAUAUCUUAUAAUAAUUAUGAGGCAAUUGACAAUAAUAGUGGCCUGUUGACCUUGAAACAAUUACAUAUUAUAAGUACAGUAUUUAUUUUGAGUGUGCGCUACAACCCCACCGGAGCAUGUGGCCACUCUCGUACGGUCGGCAUAAUAAUUUAAACUUAUACGUUUCAUUUCAAUUAAGCAUUGUUGGCUAUUCGGACUAUCUAUUCGGUGGUAUUGUAGGGUACGUUUUGUUGUAACAAUUCAUACUUCUGUUAAUAUUGUUUUAAGAUAAGUUAAGCCUUAGUUCGCUAUUAUUAUCGACGUAGAAAAACGUUUUAUUACAGACAUUAAUUUUAUAUAACGUAUAAUAGCGUAGUCGUUUUAUAUCACAAUACACGUAUCUUGCAAGUGAAAAUGAUUUAUUUUAAAUGUUUUUAUAAUCCGAUAUAGAUGUUUUACAUAUAAUUAUAUAUAUAUAUAGGCCUAUGAUAAUGUAGUUAGCUUGAGUAGGUAAAUGAUAGAUAUUUGAACAAAAUGAUCUUAUAAUAAUUUAAUAAUUGUGAUAAUUCCCUAUUGUAUAUGAUUUUAAUGGAGAUUUAGUUCGUAUCAUCACAGGUGGGUACCUUAUAAUUUAUAAUGAAGUGUUUUUUUUUCGAUCACUAUGAGUGCUUAUUAAUAAGUUACAAUUUCGGUACAUGGGAGAUUAAAUAAAUAUUAUUUUAAAAUUAGAUAUUAAAUAAUAUCUCGUAAACGUUAGGUACAUUUGUUAGAGGUCGUGUAUUAGAGGAUUGUGGGCGCUCUUAUGUCUCUAAUAGUUAGGUAAAUCCGUAUUCGUAUCAGAUUUUACUUCGAGGUCGAGUCUAUGAAGGUUUUAUUCAAUGUUAUUCUGUCUUAUAAUCGUCGGUGAUGCACAGGGGCGGAUCUACUUAAGGCUUUUUGGGCUGCAUCCCAGGGCCCCGUGGAUACAGAGGGCCCCCAACCGAACUGAAAGCAAUAGACUAAUUUAUUUAACAUAACCAUUCAUAACCUGUCUAUUUAUUUUGCAAUAAAUAAUGUUUUAAUAAAUAAAUAAAAUAUUUGAUUUUCCUAUUUUCUUCCUGUACUUAACAUAAUAUAUUAUAUAUACCUGCGACAAAAUGGCAAUUGGUUGAGUAAUUAGGUAGGGCCCCUAAGCAGUAUUAGCACAGGGCCCCACAUAUUCAAGAUCCGCCCCUGGUGAUGCAAUAGGUUGAGCCGUUGACUCACCACCGAGCCGCCGGUUGCCAACUUUUAUUAGAAGAAAUAGAGUAUAUCUGAUUUCAAAGUAGGUAAAUAAAGAGAGAUUUCCAAAGAAGAGUAUCAUUUUUGUUAACAUAUUAACAGUAAAUAGUCGACUGUUUUGGUUAUGAUAAAAGAUUGCAGAAUGCCUGGCACUAAAAUAGUAAUCAUUGUUACAAACAGUAUUUUAGCAUUCUUUAUUAGUGUUAUAUAUUAUACAGUACGCCUACAUGAUAUAGAGUACAAUACUCUAUUUUGGAGUACGGUUGACAAUCCUUACAGUUAAAUUACUCUCGAGACGUUUUUCGUUUGUGUACGUGUACGGUCAGCACAUAAAUAAAGCAAUACUUAUAAUUUUAUAGUCAGGUACUUCGGAUCUAAUAAUAUUAAACGAUAUAGUAGCGCCGUAGCUAGUGAAAUUACUGGGCAAAUGAGACAACAUCCUGUCUUAAGGCGAGGAGUGCAAUUGUAGUGCCACUCAGAAUUUUUGAUUUUUUCUAGAAUCUUGUGCGGCACUGCAUGGUAAUGGACAGGGCGUAUGAAUUACCAUCAGUUGCGCGUCCUGCUCGUCUCGUCCCUUAUUAUCAUAAAAAAUGUCGUGUGUCGUGGCUAUAUGAUACCGAAGCCAUUGACUCCUCAAAACAAAACCGAUGAAAUCUUAAGAGAAGCCCUUGUUUUGUCUUGACACUUUCACUAAUCGCUUGUGGUCGAAAUACUGUUCACCCAAUAAAGAUAUUUUUUAGAACAACACAUUAACAGAUACUGUUAGGGUUGUCAAGUACUGGCAUCCAUUUUCUCGCCUCGGAGUAAAACCGUUUGUAUGAAAUUGAUGUGAUCUAUAUGUUAAUCAUCGUAUAUAUUUAUACAUGUCUUAAAGGGUUAUCUGUUGGUGCAACGAAAUAUUAAAAUUGUACCGAAUUCAAGUUUGGAUGAAAGCAAAUAUCAAGAAAUAAUUGUGAAAAAUUUUGAGCUAUAAGCAAAUAUAACUUAUUGAAAACGUUGUUGUGAACAGGUAACUCUGUAUAUAAUUUAUCCAUUGACUCCAUACUGAGUCUGUGUAAUGCUAUGUAAAGGCCUAAUUGUAGUGAACGCGUACAUAAUAAUCAGAGACAAUGGUUCAUACAAGGCGAAAACUGGAUAAAAUUCUAUUAAAGAAAACAUUCUGUCCCGACGCAUCAUUAAUCAGCAAUAUAUUAUAGUACAUGUUUGUUGAUAUCCUAUUAUGAAUGCUAUUUAUAAUUACACACCAAUUAUACUUAAAAGUUAUAAAAGGAAUCUCGAAAAAUCCAAAAUAAUUAAAAAAAGUGUGUGUGUCAGCUCCGACGCACGACUGGAGUUUACUCCUCAAGAACGAUUGUCUUUGAACAGGUACUAAACAAAAUCAAGUCCAAUGGAGUCCGUUACAAACAGACAUACAACAGAAGCUAAUAAAAGCGUAUUAAUUAAAAAAAGCUGGUAUUUCAAUAUUUGGCCGAACAAAACUCCUGUUAUAAAAAUUUAUAAAUAUAAUUCUAUCUGUUAAAAGCGGAACUCAAAAUUCCAAUUUUAAAAUGUCCAUAAAGGAAGUUACAUUUUGGCACAUCCUAUAAUGUAUAUUAUACUACACACAACUAUAUAUAAACACACACACAACUGAAAAGUGAAAGGUGCGCGAGAAAUGAUGCGCACCAAAAACGUUACUAUCCCAUUUGAUGAGUAGGUUUUACUCUCCAUAUAUUUCUCAUACCCUACGCCUUAUAUGAAAAUCGAUUCUUAAGGAGUAAACUCCAAUAACACAUAUUUAAUAUUAUUUUUAAAGUUAUUCGGUGUUACGACAUUGGAGGGAUUGUAUCAAUUCUCUGAUUAUUAUCUACUCUGUGAAAUGUUUCGUAUUUCAGACGUAGUUAUUCCAUUUGAAUGUCCUAAAUAUAGAUUCGAAUACAAAUAGCGACGUAAUGAUAAAUGUUAUAUUGUUCGUAACAAUGGUAGGUAUAUAUUGCCGUACCAAACGGGAUGGUACUUUGUAAAUAUUUUGAUUAUUUGUAGUUUUGUAUAGUAUUUUAUUUCAAUGAAAUUAAUGUUUUUAUAGACUAAUAUACAAUAUAAGAUUAUUUAUUUGUUUUGCUGUGUAAAUAUUUUUUUCAAUAAAACGUACCUGUUUUUA